AUGGCAAACGUCGACCGCAGCGAUCAGCCCGCCGAGGUUGCGAGCAGGGUGCUGCGGAGGGCCCAGGUCUCAAAGAUGACCCGCACACUGCAGAACCGUCUCGCUUUUGCCAACGUCAAGAUCAAGCAUGGAUGGCAGGACCUCUCGCUCGACCAUCUGGAGCCGCGGGUAGACGUCGAGCUCAAGCGGAAGCGCCCCGGCUCCAGCAACGAGACCAUGUCGAACGCCUCGUCGGUGUCGGAACGCUUCUAUCAAGACGGCGUGCUUGACUCGUCCCCGCUUGCAGCACCCAUAUUCUCCGAGGAAAUUGGGCGGUCUGGCAGUCGGUCCAGCAACCAUAGCAACCACAGCCUGAGCAAGCGGCCUCGCUAUGCCAAAUCCUUCAACAAUUACCCUGGCACCAGCAACCACGAUCGCAUGAAAGUACGGACGUCGACUACCGCAUCUCAGUCCUGGAAAAACAGCUUCCAGCUGCCCGAGUCGUCGCCCGUAUAUCAUCGCCGGCAUGCUCGCUUCGGUCGUGUGCAGCAUGCCCCCAGCCUCUCCUUCGUCUCCGAAACAUCGACCAUCCCUGACCCUCGCUCCCCACUCAUGUCCGAAGAUGACGACGAAGACCUUCCCGUAUCAUCGUUCCAGAUCAACAAGUCCUUCAUACAUUCCUCUCCGCCGAGGGUACCACGCACACCGCCUCCUGGCGUUGCCCGCUCCGCUCGCCUCCGUCAGAGUGGCUUCACAGCUGCCGGUGCAGCAAGAGAAGGACACAAGGGAGAGGAAGAUGUUGGUCUACUCAUGCAUUUUGCUACCUCGCCUUCACCAGCCCGCCCUGGGGAUUCGAAACAGCACAUGCUCCCUCCGUCGACGCCGCCGCCAAAAUCAACACCCUUACCAUCAUCCCACAUGUCCACGCCAGGCGGAGGUCUCAACUUCGGUUUUGGUCUGCAAACGCCCAACGCUAACUUGAACUUUGCCGAAUUUCUCAACAUGUCCCCAAGCCCCGCACAGAUCAACCAGUCAUGGAACCGCACACCAAUUGCCGGAAAGACGCCAAUCGCUGCUCGGGAGGCUCGGCGGAGACUAAACUUCGACACGCUUGCACCACCUACAAGCGACGGCAGGAUACCCAAGGUCGAGGGUCUUGGCAUGGACCUAGGCGGAGAGCUCGUCUCCUGA